CAUUCCAGAAAAAGGAAGGGGGUGGGUGGUGGUCACCGGCCCGCUAGACGGGCAACCCUGGUAGGCUCUUACGCUCCACGCGGAGCCCUAUUCGCGAACGUGAGUCCCUCACGCGAGCAAAAGUCGGACACACUGUCUCUCUCUCGCUUGUCUGACUCCGGACCCUCCGUCUGCUCUCUCUCACGCAUUCCAAGUUCUAGGAGAGCAUUUAAAUCAACCAGUAGUCGCUUUCUUUCUCAUCUCGAUCGACGCGACACAAUAUCGCCUUACAUUCAGGUACGUUCGAUGACCGAUUUCGACUCUGAAAUUCUCUCAAUUAUCCUUUUUAGGGUUUUGGUUUGACCUAUAAAUGGCAAAAGUAAGCAAGGUACGACGGAAGUCCUGCUCCCGACAUCUCAAACCAGCUCCAUACCCUCUGCAGUCUUGCACUCAGAAGGUUUUGAAAGAUGUUUGCUGGAAGAAUAAAUGUUCUGAAGCAUUGGAAAAGAAAGAGUGGGACAAUGCAGUUUGUUCAGUGUGUCUGGAGUUCCCUCACAGUGCAGUUCUUCUUCUUUGUUCUUCUUACAACAAGGGUUGUCGCCCUUAUAUGUGUGCCACAAGCUAUCGUUAUUCCAACUGUCUAGACCAGUACAAGAAAGCUUACACUAAAGUAACUUCAACCGAAAGCACACAACCAUGGCAUAUGGUAACAGACAAUUUAACAGAUAGGCCGGAUUCAGGUGGGCCUGAUAAAAAGAUGGAGGUCUUGGAGCUUCCAUGCCCACUUUGCCGGGGUCAAGUGAAGGGCUGGACAGUGGUGGAACCAGCCCGGAAGUAUCUUAAUUCAAAGAAGAGAACAUGCAUGCAGGAUGGCUGCUCCUUUGUUGGAACUUACAAAGAGCUCCGGAAGCACGUCAAGGUAGAGCACCCAUUUGCACGGCCUCGAGAGGUUGACCCUGUGCUUGAAGAGAAGUGGAAGAGGCUUGAGCACGAGAGAGAGUGGGAAGAUGUGAUGAGCACAAUUAGUUCAUCGAUGCCAGGUGCAGUAGUGAUGGGGGAUUAUGUAAUAGAGGGGAAUUUCCAUGGAUUUUUUAGAGAUAUUGGUCUGGAUACCUACUUAGGGGAGGUUCCAAUCCACUUGGAGUCAUCCGGUUCUCGCAGGAAUGGUGGCAUCCGAUUGCAUAGAAGUGGUCAUAGGGGUCAUCACUCAGUGGGUGAGGAAGAAGUUGUGCAUCGUGGUGUAGCUGCUGGUGCUCGCAGUGGGAGACUAUUGGCACCGGGGAGACCAAGGAGACGCAGGAGGCAUAGAGAAGCUGAUGAAAGAUCAAUAAUAACUAUAGACUAAAAUUCAGCAGGGAAACAAAAGGCAUGGGAAGGGUGAAUUUUAGCUAUAACUAUAUUUAUGUUCUGAAAUGGUAGGUACGCGUAUUUACAGCGUUGUAGUUGUCUGUGAUAAGGUGAUUUCAAUGGAGGCACUUCUGGUGGCUCCCUUCUCUUACCCUUUGGAAAUAUUUGUGUAGAUGAUGUUAGUCUGGAGGAGAGCUAUUCCAGCCGGCCACUUCCCUCAAUUGGUGCGUGGUUUGGUUCAAAUUCCAUUUGGAAAUGGGUGGUCAUUUGAACAGGAGGAUCCAUUUGUAGAAAUCCAACUUCAUUUAUUUUUGAUUCUGAAGUCCUUUCCCUUUUGCCUCUUGUUUCAGAGAACAUGAUCUUCCUGAUAAAUAUAAUUUAUUUCGUA